AAUUGAACGCGAUUAGGCGUUUAGUGGCCGUGCGCGUCCUCCAAUCUUGAUGUUGUCCUCCAAACUUUUUGUUGUGGAACUUCUGUUCCUUUAUAAUGUGGAGGGAAAGAGAUAAACUCUGAACUAGUGCAGCCUGUCCAGCUAUAAAGAACAGAUCUUUUAGUUCAGCUUUAACAGCUGAUUGUCAACGAUGGCAGAAAUUGAGUGGCCAUGGCAAUAUAGUUUUCCUCCUUUCUUUACACUUCAACCUCAUGCAGAUACCAGAGCUAAACAAAUAGCAGCUUGGAAGAAUUUAAUACUUGAAUAUUAUCGCAUCACGAAGCAAGCUGUUGUAGAUGUGCGAGAAAUUCACACAAAUCCUUUAUUUAAUAACAGUAACAUCAAUAGGAGAUUGCCAUCUGAAGCUGUAUUAGUGGUAUUAGAAGAAUUAGGAAAAUCAGGAAAUGCAUCUCCAUUAGAUAAGAGCAAGCAGAGAUGGCUAGUUUAUUGGCAUACUUUGGAAGAAUGGGGUGACAUAAUAUACAACUGGGCACAAGAGAAUGGUUUUACUGGAUCUGUGUGCACAUUAUUUGAAUUGACACAAGGAGAGGACACAACUGAGCAAGAAUUCUUUGGCCUCGACACAGAAGUACUGAUUAGAUCACUGAAAACAUUGGAAGCAGCUAGAAAAGCAGAACUUAUUUUAUCCGAUGAUAAUCAAGGUGUUAAAUUUUUCUAAAGUUUGAUUAUGCAGGCGUUAUUUAUACACAAUUGUACAAGUAUAGAUAUGUAAAUUACAUUAAAUAUAUUUAAAGGUAUUGAAACUUCUUAA